AUGUUACGCAAGACCACAUGUGGAAACACUGGAGAGACGAUGGGAAACAUCGCCUGUUCCACAGGUGACACCGCAAUCACAGUUUUUGCCCUUGCCACCUACCAGCGCUUUGCAAACCCCCUCCCCGCGCGCCUGAGCUCCCUCUGCCAAAGCGCGAACGCCGACUGGGGUAAACUCGAAGCUAGGACCUGCGCCCCGCACGAAUACCCGACAACCAUCAGGGACACGUCCAAAAUGUGCCAAAUCGAAGAGAAGUUGAACACAGCUGGCAACCGGGAAGACGCCAAUGGUGGAGGGAACUUAUAA